UUUGUCCAGUUAGAAAAACCGUUUUGCAUGAAAUAAGCACAAAUCGUUUCAUUUAUUUAUUUAUAAUGUAAGUUAUACAUAAGUAUAGAAAAUAUGAAAAAUUAUGCUUGUGCCAUUGUGACUCAUGGUCAUCAUACUGAUAUUGCUUUAAAGAUUUAUAGCAAUCGUAUAUUAUUGAUUAUAACGCAUUUUAAAAAGUUUGGUUCAUUGAUAACAGUAACUCGAGGAUCUGUGCUACCUCAGUUUAAUAACAGUAUAUUUUCUACAAAGGUAUUAUUCGGAAAGGAUGAUAUUGAUGUUGUGGCAGCUGUUCGAUAUAUAGCAGAACAAAUAGAUGCAGAUAAAUCAUUAUUGGUUUCAAUAUGUUUAAAAGACUAUGAACUAGAUACUUUGAAAGCUAUUGUUGCAGCUAUAAAUAAAAUUAAACCAUGGUGAUGUUAUAAAACAAGAGUACAAUCAUGAGUUUAAUAUUUGGUCAAUUAGUUAUUGGCCCACCUGGAAGUGGGAAAACAACAUAUUGUCAUGCUAUGUCCAAGUUUUUAGAAAAGCUUGGCAGGAAAGUUGCUAUCAUUAAUAUUGAUCCUGCAAAUGAAAACAUGGAGUACACACCAACAGUAGAUAUAUCUGAGUUAAUAAAACACGAAGAAGUAAUGUUACAUUAUGGUCUUGGACCAAAUGGAGCUUUAGUUUACUGCAUGGAGUUCUUAGAAGCUAAUGUAAAAUGGUUAAUUACAAAAGUUUUAAAUUUGAAGGAUUACUAUCUCAUUUUUGACUGUCCAGGACAGGUUGAAUUAUAUACACAUCAUACAUCCAUUAGUUCAAUCACUGAAAAAUUAGAACAAAAUUUAGUAAGACUAUGCAGUGUACAUCUUGUAGAUUCUCACCAUUGCAGUGAUGCUGGUAAAUAUUUAUCCUCCUUAAUUCUUUGCACAACAACCAUGUUAAAGCUAGGUUUACCACAUGUUAAUAUUAUGACAAAGUUUGAUGAAAUGAAAAAAUUCAGCGACCAUCUAGAUUUUAACAUAGAUUUUUAUACAGAAGUACUUGAUUUAAAAUAUUUACUGGAUAAACUCGAUGAAGAUCCUUUUACAUCGAAGUAUAAGAAACUAAAUGCAGCUUUUGUAUCUCUGGUAGAAGAUUAUAGUCUUGUCAGUUUUAUACCAUUAGAUAUUUCCAAUCAAGCAUUGUUACUACAAGUUAAAAAUGCAGUGGACAAGGCUAAUGGUUACAUUUUUGGUGGAAAUGAACCUCAAAAUGUCCAAACACUACUUGCAUGUGCUGUAGGAGCAGUAAGUGAAACUGAAAAAAUGUCCUCGAUAGAUUCGUAUUUCAAAUAAAAAAACUAUAUAAAAACAUAAUUCAGUAAAUGUUAUGUCUUUUUAUAUUAAAAUGCAUAAGUGUAAUCAUCAAUAUGUUUGGUAUAUUUUUAAAAGGAAUACAAUAAGUUAACAAGCA